AUGUCGGCCGGCAAGGGCGUCCUCCUCAAGGCGACACUAUCGCAAUGUCUUCCGCGACGAGAUCAAGGCAACGCUCGCUGCGCGUCCGCGCGUGCCAAGCUCCAAUUCUAUGCCGAGUUCACGCAGAAGCAAUGCAUCGCCCUCGGCGUCGAGUUCGUGCUGAAGCGGAUCGGGCCGCGGCGGACCCGGCGCUGGGCGGAGGAGAUGGGUUGUGUCACCUUUAAAGACGUCGAGGGACUGCACUUCAAGUUCCAUUAUAACCUGUACCACAACAUCCGUUACCUGGACCCGAAGUCCUUGAUCUCCUCAGUGCCUCCCACUUCCGCGCCUGAGCCCGCAGUCGAGGAUCAGCCCCCGGCGGGCACGGUCAAAUCCAUUCUACCUUGCACACCCCUAGCUGUCGUCAAAUGUCUGGAACACAUCGGCGUGUAUAACAAGAUCCUUCCAUAUGGCGACCGCGCAUACGGCAAACCGUCUGAGGUCGUUGGUCGCCCUCUAGCAGCACUUCUCGCAAAUGAUGGUGCGCGUGUCUACUCCGAGUACACCAAACGCCCACAACAAAGCUCAGACGCACAGCGCCGCUUCCACCCGAGGCACGUUGUGCACCCCUGUACGCUUUCCCUCCAAGAGUGCCUCGCGCUCUCCGACGUCGUCGUCUCUGCCGUGCCCAGCGCAGAGUAUAAGGUUAAGACUGCAUGGCUCAAGGAUGGCUGUGUCUGCGUGAACGUCGCCGCAGACAAGAACUUCGAGGCGGACGUGCGCGAGAAGGCAUCGAUGUAUAUGCCGACGAUUGGCAAGGUCACGAUCAUGAUGCUCCUCAGAAAUCUGUGCGUGUGCUCACUGUCGUACAUGUUGAGAUGA